GCAGCCAGACAGUAGGGUGUGGGGUGUGGGCUGUGGGCGGCCCACCGGACAGAGGCACACACAUGCCCCAUCCCGCUGCCCCGCUCGAUCCCCCGGCCAGGCAGCAGCAUGCUGAACCUCCGGAUCCCCCAAACCCUGACCCACAUCCACCUUCUCCCACUACUACUACUGCUGCUGCUGUUACUGAACCCCACAGCAUCAUCCACCCAGGAUCUGCCCCCUCAGCUGGGGAACCAUAGCACCGGUGUGGAGGGGGCUAACAGCCACCCCACUGCCCCCACAGCUUUCAGGGUCUUCAGUGUGGACUACCACCAUGUGCAGGCCCCCUUUGAGAUCGUGCUCUGGAUCAUGUUGGCAUCUUUGGCUAAACUAGGAUUCCACUGGUCUGGACGGAUCCCUGCUGUGGUUCCUGAGAGCUGUUUACUGAUCAUGGUGGGCCUACUGGUUGGAGGAGUGAUCUACGGGGUCCGCCACACCGCCCCUCCAGUCCUGAGCGCUGAAGCUUUCUUCCUCUACCUGCUCCCACCCAUCGUCCUGGAUGCUGGAUACUUCUUACCAGGGCGGCUCUUCUUUGAGAACCUGGGCACCAUCCUGUGGUACGCUGUGCUGGGCACGCUGUGGAACGUUCUGGGCAUCGGGCUCUCGCUGUACGGCCUGUGCCGGCUGGGAGGCUGGGGCCUGGAGGAAGUCAGCCUGCUCCACUUCCUGCUGUUUGGAAGUCUGAUUGCUGCGGUGGACCCGGUGGCAGUGCUCUCUGUGUUUGAGGAGAUCCACGUCAACGAGCAGCUUCACAUCCUGGUGUUUGGAGAAUCACUUCUCAAUGAUGCGGUGACUGUGGUGCUUUAUAAGCUGUUUGAAUCCUUCCUGCGCAUGCCCACUGUAUCCAGCGUGGAUAUUCUUGCGGGAGGUUGCCAGUUUGUGGUGGUAGGAUUGGGAGGCCUGUUUGUGGGCCUGUUUUUUGGUCUGCUCGCUGCCCUCACCACCCGCUUCACUGCCAGAGCCCAGGUCAUCGCCCCGCUCUUCGUCUUCCUCUACAGCUACCUGUCCUACCUCACCUCGGAGAUGCUUCACUUCUCUGGCAUCAUGGCUAUUGUGACCUGUGCUGUGACCAUGAAGCAGUACGUGGAGGCCAAUGUCUCUGAGAGGUCCAACACCACCAUCAAGUACUUCCUGAAGAUGUGGAGCAGCGUGAGCGAGACCCUGAUCUUCAUCUUCCUGGGAGUGUCCACCAUCCAGGACGUCCACAUGUGGAGCUGGCCCUUCGUCUCCUCCACACUCUUCCUCUGUCUGCUUUGGAGGGCCCUUGGUGUGCUGCUUCUCACAGCAGUGGUCAACAAACUCCGCCGCAAUGCCGUGACCUUCCGGGACCAGUUCAUCAUUGCGUACGGUGGCCUGCGAGGGGCAAUCUGUUUCUCUCUGGUCUUCCUCAUCGAAGAUUUCCCCAUGAAAAGGCUUUUCAUCACCACCACCAUUGUGGUCAUCCUGUUCACCGUGUUUGUGCAGGGUAUGACCAUCAAGCCUCUGGUAGAGCUACUGGAUGUAAAAAGGAAGAAGAGAGCUUUACCCACAGUGAGUGAGGAGAUCCACAGCAGGCUUCUGGACCACCUGUUAUCAGGGAUUGAAGAUGUUGUUGGUUGCUGGGGGCAGCAUUACUGGAAAGACAAGUUUGAGCAGUUCAACACGAAGUACCUGAAGAGGUUCCUGAUCCGAGAGGAUAAGCAGCCAAAGUCCAGCAUCGUGCGACUCUACCAGGAGCUGGAGCGCCGAGAACAGAUGGGAGAGGACGACGAGGGCACGCCAGAGAAAGCACCUGCAAAUGAGGACAGUCAAACCCAGAGUAGAUCCCUGUUACCAGAGGAGAUGGACAGCAUAAGGAAGAUUUUGUCCAACAACCUGCGCAACUUUAAUAAUAAGCAUAUCACAGCGUACAGCAGACACACCCUGCACCAGGACUUCACAGUGGAUGCCAGUAGAAAAGCCUGUCUGCAGCGACACCACAGCAUGGGAGAGAGACACAGCUCUAAUCAGACACACAACAACCAGUGGGAUCAUGCAGACAGCAGCUGCCUCUCCAGGUCAUUAACAGUGGGUCGAAGCCCCAGACCAGUGCACAACCCAGCAGAGGUUAACCUGAACGGUCCAAUCAGAGUCACCUCAGAUGGAUGGGCCAAUUCUUCUGGUCCAUCUCUCCAAAACCAAGAACAAGCCCAAGCCUCCAGCACCAGCAGACACAUGCACAUACCAAAGAAACUCAGCUUUGUUCUUGAGAAUGAGAGAGAGAAAUAGCCUCUUCUCUUCUUAAAAUCUGAAAGCAGGGGUGCUCAUUCCUGGUCGUGGAGAAAUUCCAGAUCUGAUAUACAGGUGUUGGACAAUGAAACUGAAACACCUGUCAUCAUUUUAGUGUGGGAGGUUUCAUGGCUAAAUUGGAGCAGCCUGGUGGUCAAUCUCACAUUGCACCAGUAAGAGCAAAAAAGU